GAGAGAGAGAGAGAGAGGGCUGCUCAAUCGCAGAGACUGUGUUCCAGCUUCAUCAGAGGAGCGGUGCAUCACGGAGCUGGCUGCAGAAGGACACCUCUGAGGGCCUCACGGUAGAGGCAUGACCAUCGGGUCCACCGCCGCUUCCUAGGGACUAGGCCAGUCCAUGGAUCCCUACUCCCGCCCAGUGGACAUGAUUCUCCUGCCGUCGACGCGCAUCGAACAGUGUGGAAUAUGACUCUCCCUACGGCCCUCUGCGCCCUGUACCUGCCCGUCCUCCUGGUGGCGGCGGCGGUGGUCUCGUCCCACGACCACGCCAAGCGGUCGCUUGUGCCGCGCGCCGCCACACGCCUCGUGGCCCGCAUGGACGGCGACGUCAUCAUCGGAGCCCUCUUCUCCGUGCACCACCAGCCCUCCGCUGAGAAGGUGGCGGAGCGCAAGUGCGGCGAGAUCCGCGAGCAGUACGGCAUCCAGCGGGUAGAGGCCAUGUUCCACGCGUUGGACCGCAUCAACGCCGACCCCCACCUGCUGCCCAACAUCACGCUGGGCUGCGAGAUCCGCGACUCCUGCUGGCAUUCGUCGGUGGCCCUGGAGCAGAGCAUCGAGUUCAUCCGCGACUCGCUCAUCUCCAUCCGCGACGACAAGGACGGCGCCCGUUGGUGUGUGGAGGGCGUGCCGCACAGCCAGCCGCCGCCCUCCACCAAGAAGCCCAUCGCCGGGGUGAUCGGGCCGGGCUCCAGCUCGGUGGCCAUCCAGGUGCAGAACCUGCUGCAGCUCUUCAACAUCCCCCAGAUCGCCUACUCAGCCACCAGCAUCGACCUCAGCGACAAGACGCUGUUCAAGUACUUCCUGCGCGUGGUGCCGUCGGACACGCUGCAGGCCCGCGCCAUCCUGGACAUCGUCAAGCGCUACAACUGGACCUACGUGUCGGCCGUGCACACCGAGGGAAACUAUGGCGAGAGCGGCAUGGACGCCUUCAAGGAGCUGGCCGCGCAGGAGGGGCUGUGCAUCGCCCACUCGGACAAGAUCUACAGCAACGCGGGCGAGAGGCACUUCGACCGGCUGCUGAGGAAGCUGCGGGAGCGGCUGCCCAAGGCCCGCGUGGUGGUGUGCUUCUGCGAGGGCAUGACGGUGCGUGGCCUGCUGAUGGCCAUGAGGCGGCUGGGCGUGGCCGGGGAGUUCCUCCUGAUUGGCAGCGACGGCUGGGCCGACCGGGACGAGGUGGUGGAGGAGUACGAGCAGGAGGCGGUGGGAGGCAUCACAGUGAAGCUGAAGUCGGAGGAGGUCACCUCCUUCGACGACUACUUCCUGAAGCUGCGCCUGCAAACCAACACCCGCAACCCGUGGUUCCCCGAGUUCUGGCAGUACCGCUUCCAGUGCCGCCUCCACGGACACCCCCUGGAGAACCUCAACUACGCCCGCAACUGCUCAGGCUACGAGAGUCUGGAGGACAACUACGUCCAGGACAGCAAGAUGGGCUUCGUCAUCAAUGCCAUCUACGCCAUGGCACACGGCCUCCACGACAUGCACCGCCGUCUGUGUCCCCGAAACGCUGGGCUCUGUGAGGCUAUGGACCCCGUGGACGGCAGCCAGCUGCUGGACGCCCUUCUCAAGACCACCUUUGCCGGCGUCUCCGGGGAAGACAUCUGGUUCGACGAGAACGGAGACUCCCCCGGCAGGUACGAGAUCAUGAACCUGCGGCAGGUGGACCCGGGGGUCUACGACUACAUCAACGUGGGCUCGUGGCACGAGGGUCUCCUAAGCAUCGACGACGACAUGAUCCGCAUGAACCGCAGCGAGAUGGUGCGCUCCGUCUGCAGCGAGCCCUGCUCCAAGGGUGACAUCAAGGUGAUCAGAAAGGGUGAGGUGAGCUGCUGCUGGAUCUGCACCGCAUGUAAAGACAACGAGUUCGUCCAGGACGAGUUCACCUGCAAGGCGUGUGACCUGGGCUGGUGGCCCAACGACGAACUAGAAGGCUGUGAGCCCAUCACACUACGUUACCUGGAGUGGAGUAACCCUGAGUCGGUCAUCCAGGUGGUCCUCUCCUGUGUGGGCAUCCUGAUCACAUCCUUCGUGGCGUUCAUCUUCGUGCUGUACCGCGACACGCCCGUGGUCAAGUCCUCCAGCCGGGAGCUCUGCUACAUCAUCCUAGCCGGCAUCUUCCUGGGCUACUUGUGCCCCUUCACGCUGAUCGCCCGGCCCACCGUGGCCUCCUGCUACCUACAGAGGCUCCUGGUCGGCCUGUCCGCCGCCAUGUGCUACUCUGCGCUGGUCACCAAGACCAACCGCAUCGCCCGCAUCCUGGCGGGCAGCAAGAAGAAGAUCUGCACGCGCAAGCCCCGCUUCAUGAGCGCCUGGGCCCAGGUGGUGAUCGCCUCGCUGCUGGUGAGCGUGCAGCUGUCCCUGGAAAUCACCCUCAUCAUCCUGGAGCCGCCCAUGCCCGUCAAGUCCUACCCCAGCAUCCGAGAGGUCUUCCUCAUCUGCAACACCAGCAACGUGGGCAUGGUGGCACCGCUGGGCUACAACGGCCUGCUGAUCAUGAGCUGCACCUACUACGCCUUCAAGACGCGCAACGUGCCGGCCAACUUCAACGAGGCCAAGUACAUCGCCUUCACCAUGUACACCACCUGCAUCAUCUGGCUGGCCUUCGUGCCCAUCUACUUCGGCUCCAACUACAAGAUCAUCACCACGUCCUUCUCCGUCAGCCUGAGCGUCACCGUGGCGCUGGGCUGCAUGUUCACGCCCAAGAUGUACAUCAUCCUGGCCAAGCCCGAGAGGAACGUGCGCAGCGCCUUCACCACCUCCGACGUGGUGCGCAUGCACGUGGGCGACGGCAAGAUCGCCUGCCACAACAACAGCUUCCUGAACAUGUUCAGGAGGAAGAAGAACGCAGGAAAUGGCAGUUCUAAUGGAAAGUCUGUGUCAUGGUCUGAACCAGGUGCAAGGCAUCCUCCAAAGGGGGAUCACAUGUGGCACAGACUGUCAGUGCAUGUGAAGAGACAGGACGUAUGCUCCAAUCAGACGGCUGUCAUCAGGCCCUUAACUAACGCCUACCAUAGCGCAGGCCUGGAGCUCUCGGAGCUCAGCACUAAGACUCUGUACAACGUGGCCGAGGAGGACGAGAGCCUAGAAAUGCUUAGAUACCACCCCCCUGACGCCCCACCCCCCACCAUGACCCCCAGCGGGCAGGCAGCCUCCGGUGCGCAGGCGGUGCCCCACUACGCCCGCGAGCCCCUCGCCACGCAGCCCCACCCGGGCCUCCUCCCUCAGCACCUCCUCCCCCAGCACGUGCAGGAGGAGGAGCCGGCGGAGGGCGGUGGCGUCCCCGUCUACCUGCAGGCCCCCCUCGGUCAAGGCUUCCCUGCGCCGGGGGGUCUGUACGGGGGGGAGGGCGCCUCUGCAAUCGUGCAGGAGGAAGAGGAGGAAGAGGAGGAGGUGGACAACGAGCAGCUGGGCCUCCUACGGGGGUACAUGUACAACAACGCACAGGUCCACGAGCAGGAGGAGGAGGGGGAUGCGGGUGGGGAGGAGUAUAAGUAUGAGGAGGAGGAGGAUGAGGAUGACGAGGUGGCUCAGCUCAAAGUGGCCAUUGAGGCCGGGAGCUCCAUGGCGCUGAUGCCCCCCUCCCCGUUCCGCGACUGCGUGGCCCCCCCCAAGAGCCCCUUCCCCGACUCCCCCGUGUCCGAGUCCGUCCUGUGCACCCCCACUAACGUGCCGUACGCCGCCGUUAUCCUCAGAGACUACAAACAGACCUCCUCCACUCUGUAACCUUGGCAACGGGGUGGCGGGGGCGCGGCGGUGGCGUGCGAUACGUGUUUUAUUCAUCAUCCUUGUUGUGAUGGAAGCUGUUUAAGCCGGUCCUGGGUUGAAGGGGUGUUCAUUAUUUUAUCGUUAGUGCUCUGACACAGAUACACGGUGUAAGCUGGAAUAUUGAACUGUUUCGGUUCUUGAUGUUACCUACGUUGUUAAGGAAAUCUGCCUGUUGAAACCUAUUUCUACUUACUUAAGCUUUUAACUGACUUUGUGCUUAUUAUAGACCAGCAAGCUAAGGGCGUCUAUGUAUUUUGCUUGAACUUGAUACAUAUUAAUAGCACAGGAGUAGUAACUAGAAUAUUAACUCGGGUCAGUAGAUGAUAAAACAACAAGCAAUGGAAACUUAUUAGCAGUUUGUUUGUAAUGCCAAACAGUUUCCAGCCACUUGAUUUGGUUAAACCUUUUAAACUUUUAAUCUUGCAGAUAGUUAACUGUAUACUUUGUAAAAAAAAUAAUAACUUUAAGUUAUAAAGGGAAAAUCCGAUAACAGUGUAAGGACUUUGUAAGAUCGUUAUUAGUGGUCAAAGGAGAAAAUGUGUACAUUUCUAUGUUUUCCUGUACAGUAAAUGGUGUUUAAAAAAAUUCUAUCAGUGCGUACUGUAGCAGCACAUCUCAAAGUGCCACGUUCUUACCAUCCAAGUAUUAUAUUUCUGUUUUAUACAUAGCCCAUUUCUAGUCUUCUAACUUUAUAUAUUUUAUAAUCAGUGGUCUAAUAACUCGCAAGAUGAUUGUAUACGAUUAUUCUAAAAGACCAUGUUUUGUGAAUGUAAGAAUUGUGCGUGGCAUUUUGUUAUUAUUAUCUCUUGUAGUUGCAUUACAACAGACACAUUUCAUCAGGGUUUUAACCUGUAAGUAUAUUGUGUGUUUGUAAUCUGUGCACUGGAUACAUUUCCUCAAUAUUUAAACUUUAAAAGCCUCUGAAUUGAUGUGUUGUAGUAUCAUUGUAUCAUUUAACAAAUUGUUUUGAUGUGCGUUGCCUUAAAGUAUAAGUAUUUGCCAGUGGAAAUAUUGUUGUAGUGAAUAGAUCGGA